AUGGGGUCGAGCCUAGCCAGUCUCCUGGCAGUCUGGCUGGCUCUGUCCUCCGUAGGCACAGCGGACCUUCCGAAAGGCAGGAGUCUCAACCAUGGCCACGACGUCUGCAGCACCUGGGGCAACAACCAUUACAAGACCUUCGACGGGGAUGUCUACCAGUUCCCCGGCCUCUGCGACUACAACUUUGCUUCAGACUGCCGUGACACAUACAAGGAGUUUGCUGUCCACAUCCAACGUGGCCUGAGCAGUGCAGGCCACCCCCAGAUCACUUACAUCCUGGUCACCAUCAAGGAUGAUACCAUCUACCUCACCCACCAGCUCGUGGUUGUGAAUGGGGCCAUAGUCCGGGUGCCCUACUACAGCUCCGGCCUUCUCAUCGAGAAGAAUGACAUAUACACCAAGAUCUAUGCCCGAGGGGGCUUUGCCCUCAUGUGGAAUCUCCAGGAUUCUCUCAUGUUGGAGCUUGAUGGCAAAUUCCGCAACCAUACCUGUGGCUUGUGUGGGGACUACAACGGCAUGCAGACGUACUCUGAGUUCUAUAAUGAAGGAAUUACCUUCAGCGCCAUCGAAUUUGGGAACAUGCAGAAGAUUAACCGACCGGAUGCUGUGUGCGAGGACCCUGAAGAGAAAGAAGUCCUCAAGUCCUGCUCAGAACACAGAGCCCAGUGCCAGAAUUUUUUGACGUCAGCUGCCUUUGAGGACUGUCAGGACAUCGUGCCGGUGGAGAUGUACAUUCAGGCCUGCAUGCAAGACCUGUGUCAGUGUGAAAAGGAUCCCUCCUUCUGCCUCUGCAGCACCAUCUCUGAGUUUUCUCGCCAGUGCUCCCAUGCUGGAGGCCGGCCACACACCUGGAGGACAGAUUCAUUCUGCCCCAAGACCUGCCCUGGUAACAUGGUCUACCUGGAGAGCGGCUCCCCCUGCAUGGACACCUGCUCCCACCUGGAAGUCAGCAACCUCUGUGAGGAGCACUACAUGGAUGGCUGCUUCUGCCCUGAAGGCACUGUGUAUGAUGACAUCACGGGCAAUGGCUGUAUCCAGGUGAGCCAGUGCAGUUGCAAACUGCAUGGCCACCUCUAUGCCCCUGGGAGGCAGAUCACCGGUGACUGUGAGGAGUGUGUCUGUAACGCUGGCCGGUGGGUGUGCAAGGACCUGCCCUGCCCUGGCACAUGUGCCUUGGAAGGUGGAUCCCACAUCACCACUUUUGAUGGGAAGAAGUAUACCUUUCAUGGAGACUGUUACUACAUUCUGGCCAAGGGUGACAGCAAUGACUCCUAUGCCCUCCUGGGAGAGCUCACGCCUUGCGGUUCCACAGACAAGCAGACUUGCCUGAAGACAGUGGUGCUGCUGACCGACAAGAAGAAGAACAUCGUGGCCUUUAAGUCUGACGGCAGCGUGCUUCUGAACGAGCUGGAGGUCCACCUGCCACAUGUCACGGCGAGCUUCUCCAUCUUCCAGCCUUCCUCCUACCACAUCAUCGUGCACACCACCUACGGCCUCAAGCUGCAGAUCCAGUUGGUGCCAGUCAUGCAGCUGUUCAUGACCAUGGACCAGGCUUUCCAGGGCAAAGUUCAAGGUCUCUGUGGGAAUUUCAACGGAAUGGAAAGCGAUGACUUCAAAACAGCAGGAGGUCUCAUCGAGGCAACAGGCUCUGGCUUUGCCAACACCUGGAAGGCCCAGUCCAGCUGCCAUGACAAACUAGACUGGCUGGAUGACCCUUGCUCUCUCAGCAUUGAAAAUGCCAAUUAUGCAGAGCACUGGUGCUCACUGCUCAAGAAGGAAGAAACCCCCUUCGCCAAGUGCCACUCGGUGGUGGAUCCUGUGGAAUAUUACAAGAGGUGCAAGUAUGAUACCUGCAACUGCCAGAACAACGAGGACUGCAUGUGCGCUGCCCUCUCGUCCUACGCCAGGGCCUGCUCGGCCAAAGGAGUCAUGCUGUGGGGCUGGCGGGAGCGCGUCUGUAGUAAGGACAUCAACUCCUGCCCCAACUCCCAGAUCUUCCUGUACAACCUGACCACUUGCCAGCAGACCUGCCGCUCCCUCUCUGAGUCUGACAAGCACUGUCUCAAGGGCUUUGCUCCCGUGGAUGGCUGCGGCUGUCCUGACCACACCUACAUGGACGAGAAAGGUCGCUGCGUGCCCCUGUCCAAAUGCUCCUGCUACCACAGGGGCUUGUACCUGGAGGCCGGAGAAGUGGUCCUGAAGCAAGAGGAGCGCUGUGUCUGUCGGGAUGGGAGGCUUCACUGCAUUCAAGUCAAGCUUAUUGGUCAGAGUUGUGCUGCCCCCAAGAUCCAUGUGGACUGUGACAAUCUCACAGCCUUGACCACCCAGAGGCCCCAUCCCAUCAGCUGCCAGAGCCUGGGGAGUGGCUAUUACCAAACAGAAUGUGUCAGUGGCUGCAUGUGCCCCUUUGGGUUGAUUGAUGAUGGCCGGGGUGGCUGUGUGGAGGAGGAAGAAUGCCCAUGUGUCCACAACAAAGAACUCUAUUCACCUGGAGAGAAGAUCGCUGUGGACUGCAACACCUGCACAUGCAAGAGAGGAAGCUGGCAGUGUACCAAGUCUGUGUGCCAUGGCAUGUGUUCCAUCUACGGAAGUGGCCAUUAUAUUACCUUUGAUGGAAAGUACUAUGACUUCGAUGGCCACUGCUCCUAUGUGGCUGCCCAGGACUAUUGUGGCCAGAAGAACUCGCAGGGCUCCUUCAGCAUCAUCACAGAGAACGUGCCCUGUGGGACCACGGGGGUGACCUGCUCCAAGGCCAUUAAGAUCUUCCUGGGGAGAACGGAGCUGAAGCUGGAGGACAAGCAUCGCCGGGUGAUCCACCGCGACGUCGGGCAGCACGUGUCUUACACCACUCGAGAGGUGGGCCUGUACCUGGUCAUUGAGGCCAGCAACGGCAUCAUUGUCAUCUGGGACAAGAGGACCACCAUCUUCAUCAAACUUGCCCCGACUUUCAAGGGUACUGUGUGUGGCCUGUGUGGCAACUUUGAUGACCGUUCCAGCAAUGACUUCACCACAAGGGACCACAUGAUAGUCGACAGUGCCCUGGACUUUGGGAACAGCUGGAAGGAGACCCACACCUGUCCAGACGUAGACAGGACCUUUGAACCAUGUGUCUUGAACCCACAUCGCCAGUCCUGGGCAGAGAAACAGUGCAGUAUCCUGAAAAGCCAAGUAUUUCAAGCCUGCCACAGCAAGGUGGACCCUGCUCCUUUCUACUCUGCCUGUGUUCAUGACUCAUGCUCCUGUGACACGGGGGGUGACUGUGAGUGCUUCUGCUCUGCUGUGGCUUCCUAUGCCCAGGAGUGCACCAAAGAGGGGGCUUGUGUCUACUGGAGGACCCCUGACUUGUGUCCCAUCUUCUGUGACUACUACAACCCCCCUGAUGAGUGUGAAUGGCACUACGAGCCCUGUGGGAACCGGAGCUUUGAGACCUGCCGCACCAUUAACAACAUUCAUUCCAACAUUUCGGUGUCUUACCUGGAAGGCUGCUAUCCCAGAUGCCCUCCAGAGAGGCCCAUCUUUGAUGAAGACAAGAAAAAGUGUGUGCCAGCCGACCAGUGUGGCUGCUACAUAAAUGAUGAGCACUAUGAACCCGGUGACAAGGUCCCCACAGACAACAUCUGCCAGUCUUGUGUCUGCACAAACUCCUCCAAGGUCUCAUGUAAAGAAGAGCCAGGGGUGAUAAUUAACCAGACUCAGGAUGGAUCCUUCUGCUUUUGGGAGCUGUGUGGCCCUAACGGCACUGUGACCCAGUAUUUCAACGUCUGUGUGACAUCUCCUCCUCCUCCUACUACUACUCCGCCAGUGGCCAUCACCUCGCUGACCACCAGCUCUCCAACCACCACCCUUCCUUCCACCACCAGUAUCACCACUAGCAAGCAAGUCUCCAGGGUCCCCAAAAUCUGCUGUUUUUGGUCGGAUUGGAUCAAUGAGGAUCAUCCUACAACUGGCAGUGGUGACUGGGAGAGGUUUGAUGGGGUGUGCAGUGCCCCUGAGGACAUCGAGUGCAGGUCGGCUGAGGAGCCCCAUCUCAGCUGGGACCAGCUGGGCCAGAAGGUACAGUGUAAUACCACUUUCGGACUCAUUUGCAGAAAUGAAGACCAGUAUGAAAAUGGAUUCUUUGGCCUCUGUUAUGACUAUGAAAUUCGAGUCAAUUGUUGUCUGCCCAUGGACAUAUGCCCAGGAACAUCUCCGAGCACCACGACAACAGCAGGCCCUACAACCACAGUGAAAACUGUUACUCCUAUGAUCGAAUCAACAACUCAUACACUUACUCCUUCAACUCCAACCUCUGUCCCAACUAUUUCAUCAACAACCACCACCACCGCGCCAACCACUACCACCUCCGCCACCCCCACCACGGAAAGCCCAACCUCUCCAACCACCACCACCCAGCCACCUACCCCAACCAGCACAGAAUGUAAACCAGAGCCCGUCUGUGACUGGACUGAUUGGGUUGAUUCAGGGAAGCCAGAAUUUAACAAACCAGGGAGUGGUGACUUUGAGCUGGUCGAAAAUAUUUGCAAGGAAGGCUGGGCAACCAACAUCACGUGCAGAGCUGCAAUGUUUCCAGACAAGCCAAUCGAAGUACUGGGACAAGUCUUAGUGUGUGAUGCUUCAGUGGGAUUGGUGUGUAAAAAUGAAGAUCAGAAGCCAGGAGGAAUGGUCCCUGUUCCUGCCUGUCUCAAUUAUGAAGUCAAGGUUUAUUGCUGUGAGCAGCAGUCCAUCUGCAGCACACCGAUGGCCACAACUAGCACAAUCACCACCACAGAGAUACCCACUCCAACACCUUCACCCUCCACCACCACCACCAAGACUCCAACACCUACACCCACUACCACCACUAAGACUCCAACACCCUCCACCACCACUGAGAUUCCAACACCCUCUACCACCACCACUGAGACUCCGAUACCCUCCUCCACUACCACCACCACCGAGAUUCCAACACCUACACCCACUACUACCACCACAGAGACUCCAACACCUACACCUACCACUACUACCACUGAAACUCCAACAUCUACACCCACUACCACUACUAUAGAGACUCCUACUCCAACACCAACACCAACAUCCACCACCACCACCCCAACAGAGACUUCAACACCCUCUCCUACCACCACAACUACCACAGAGAUUCCAACUCCAACACCUUCACCCUCUACCACCACCACCACUGGGACUCCAACACCUUCAUCUAUCACCACCACUGAGACUCCACCACCCUCCACUACUGCCACCACUGAGAUUCCAACACCCUCCUCCACUACCACCACCACUGAAACUCCAACACCCAUACCCACUACCACUACCAUAGAAACUCCGACUCCAACACCAACACCAACAUCCACCACCACUACCCCAACAGAGACUUCAACACCCUCUCCUACCACCACAACUACCACAGAGAUUCCAACUCCAACACCUUCACCCUCUACCACCACCACCACCACUAGGACUCCAACACCUUCAACUACCACCACCACUGAGAUUCCACCACCCUCCACCACCACUGAGACUCCAAUACCCUCUACUACCACCAUCACUGAGACUCCAACACCCUCCUCCACUACCACCACCACAGAGACUCCAACACCUACACCCACCACUACCACCACUGAAACUCCAACACCUACACCCACUACCACUACCACAGAGACUCCUACUCCAACACCAACAUCUACCACCCACAUCCCAACAGAGACUCCAACACCUUCAUCCACUACCACCACCACUGAGACUCCAACAUCCUCCACUACUACCACCACCACUGAGACUCCAACACCUUCCACCACUACUGCAACAAAGACUUCAACCCCAACUAUGACCAUCACAGAGACACCUUCCACAACUAUCACAGAGACUCCAAUACCAUCUUCAACCACCACAGAGGCUCCAACUCCAACUCCAACAACUACAGGCACAGGACCCACCACUCCAACCUUGAUAGUAGAGACAACCACAUCGACCACAACAACGCCAAGUGGGACCCCGCCUCCUUUGGCUUCCACUCCUACUCCUCCAGCUCCUCCUGAGACCACAACGCCCAUUCAACCUCCCACCAGCACUCUCGGUGUGAGCACCCAGACUACAGUACGCACCACCCCUACCACGGCGAUUUCCACGUUCACCACUACGCCACUCCCGUCUCCCAGCAUCAGCAUCAGCACGGGUUCCACCGAGGGAAUGUCCACCCAGAUAUACUGCUGUUUCUUGAAUGAUACGUAUUACGGACCAGGUGAAUUGGUGUACAACGGGACCCAUGGAGACUACUGCUACUACGUCAACUGCUCCUUUGAAUGCCAACUUGAGAUCUUCAACUGGUCCUGUCCUUCCACACCCCAACCCACCCCAACCUCAACCCCAACCUCACCCUCAUCCCCAACCUCAUCCCCAACCUCAUCCCCAACCUCACCCUCAUCCCCAACCUCAUCCCCAACCUCAUCCCCAACCUCAUCCCCAACCUCAUCGCCAUCUUCAACACCAACCACGACAUCACAAUCUACAUCCUCAACGCCCACACCAUCUCCAGGAUGCCCUGACUUUGUGCCACCACGGCAGGAGAACGAGACUUGGUGGCUGUGUAACUGUACCAUGGCAGUGUGCAAGCAUGACAACACAGUGGAGAUUUUCGAGAAGGAGUGCAACCCACCCCCCAAGCCCGUGUGUAGCAAUGGCCUCAACCCUGUGUGGGUCCUGGACCCUGAUGGCUGCUGCGGCCACUGGGAGUGUGACUGCUACUGCACCGGCUGGGGAGACCCCCAUUACACUACCUUUGAUGGACUGUACUACAGCUACCAGGGGAACUGCACCUACGUGCUAGUGGAAGAGAUCUCUCAGACCGUGGACAACUUCGGAGUUUACAUCGACAACUACCACUGUGACGUCAACGACAAGGUGUCCUGCCCACGCACCCUCAUCGUCAGGCACGAGACCCAGGAGGUGCUCAUCAAGACCAUCCAGAUGGCACCCAUGAAGGUCCAGGUCCUGGUGAACAAGCAGACCGUGUCGCUGCCCUAUCGGAAAUACGGCCUCCAGGUUUAUGAGGCUGGCAUCAAUUACGUGGUGGAUAUUCCCGAACUCGGUGUCCUGGUGUCCUACAAUGGCCUGUCCUUCGCCAUCAAGAUGCCUUACAGCAAAUUCGGCAACAACACCAAAGGCCAGUGUGGUACUUGCACCAACAGCACAGCUGACGACUGCAUGCUGCCCAGCGGGGAGGUCAUCUCAGACUGUGAAAUCAUGGCCGACGAGUGGGUGGUGAAUGACCCCUCGAAGCCGCACUGCCCUCACACCAUCUCCACGACCAAAUCCCCCUCUGUCACCCAGCCUGGAGGGCAGACGCCCCCCGAGGGCUGUGUCCCCUCGCCUCUCUGCGAGCUCAUCAAGAGCAGCCUAUUCGCCAAGUGCCACCAGCACGCCCCACCCCAGCACUACUACGAAGCCUGCAUCUUUGACAGCUGCUUCGUGCCUGACUCUGGCAUGGAGUGUGCCAGCCUGCAGACCUACGCGGCCCUCUGUGCACAGGAGGGCAUCUGCAUUAGCUGGCGAGAGCACGCCCACGGUGCCUGUGAUGUGACGUGCCCAGCUCACAGGGAGUACAAGGCGUGCGGCCCUGCUGAAGAGCCGACCUGCAAGUCGAGCUCCGAGGAGCCCCGGGACAACAGAACGAUGGAAGGCUGCUUCUGCCCGGAGGGGACCACCAGCUUCGCCCCGGGUGUGGACGUCUGUGUGGAGACCUGCGGCUGUGUGGGACCAGACAAUGUGCCCAGAGAGUUUGGGGAACGCUUUGAGUUUGACUGCAAGAACUGCAUCUGCCUGGAAGGAGGCAGCGGCAUCGUGUGCGAGGCCAAGCAGUGCAGCCAGACGAAGCCCGAGACGUGCCAGGAGGACGGCACGUACCCCGUCACCGAGGUGGACCCCAGCGACACCUGCUGCAACGUCACCUCCUGCAAGUGCAACGUUAGCCUGUGCCAGGCGAAGCCACCCGCGUGCUCUGUGGGAUUCCAGCUGAAGACGCAGCUUGUCCCCGGCAGGUGCUGCCCCAUCCACACUUGUGAGCCCAAGGGUGUCUGUGUCCUGGGGGAGGCCGAAUACAAGCCGGGAGCGCCAGUAUUUUCUGACAAGUGCCAAGACUGCUUCUGUACGGAGAAGGUCAACGCCACGUCUCACCUGAACAUCAUCUCGUGUUCACACGUGCCCUGCAAUGUCUCCUGCAAGCCCGGCUUCGAAGCUGUCAAAGUGCCAGGUGAAUGCUGCCCCAAGUGCGAGCAGACCCACUGUGUGAUGCACCAGACGGGCGACUUGCUGCUCCUCAAGCCUGGCGAGAUGAAGAAUGACCCUCAGGACAACUGCACCAUCUACAGCUGCGUGAAGAUCCAAGGGCAGCUCAUCUCCUCCGUCUCCGAGAUCACGUGUCCCGACCUGGACGUGGCCUCCUGCGUGCCGGGCACCAUCAAGCUGAUGGCUAAUGGCUGCUGUAAGACAUGCACAUUCCGCAAUGAGACCAGGAUACCUUGUGCCACGGUGCCAAGCAAGAAGGUGAUUUCCGUGGGGAAUUGCAAGAAGGAAUUGGUGGUCAAUCACUGCUCGGGAGCCUGUGGGACAUUUGCUAGGUACCUGGAGGAGUCCCAGAGCAUGGACCAUCAGUGCUCUUGCUGCCAGGAGGUGAAGACAAGCCAGAAGACGGUGCAGCUGGAAUGUGAGGGAGGGGGCACGCUGCAGCACGAGUACACCUACAUCGAGAGCUGCGGCUGCCAGGACACCGUGUGUGGCCUUCCUCUGACCAAGGGCAAGAAGGACCUGCAGAGUCGCUCCCGCCGGGCCCUGCUGAAGUCCAGGGGCUGAGCCCUGGCCGUGCCCACACUGCCCCUCUUCCGAUAUUUAUCUUCUGAUCUUGUCAAGCUCUUUUUACCCUUUAAUAAA